AUGUGGCUUCUCAUGACUAGAGAUCUAUCAGGCCCCAUCAACUGCCUUGGGGCCGAACAGUCACGGGCUGUGCUGAAUGACACGGCUGAAUGGGGCAGGCUCUUUGACAAUCCAAACCUUCAAGAUCUUAGUAAACUCGCCAGUGAUAGUUCUAUUGAGUCCCCAGGACUCUAUCAACAGUUGAACAAAGCAGAGGGAGGAGCAGCAGCCGUGGCUCUGCGCUACCCUAUGGCCAUGGGCCUCAACAAGGGCCACAAGGUGACCAAGAACGUGAGCAAUCCCAGGCACAGCUGCUGCCGCGGGCGCCUGACCAAACACACCAAGUUUGUGCGGGACAUGAUCCGAGAGGUGUGUGGCUUUGCCCCUUACGAGCGUUGCGCCAUGGAAUUACAGAAGGUCUCCAAGGCCGUGGAGUUACGGAAGACCUCCAAGUUUAUCAAGAAAAGGAAAAGGGUGGGGAUGCAUAUCCAUGCCAAGAGGAAGCGGGAGGAGCUGAGCAAUGUCCUGGCUGCCAUGAAGAAAGCCACUGCCAAGAAAGACUGA